UGUUAUGAUACGUCAUCAAACAUGUCAGCCUCCUGGUGACAGCAGCUGAAUUUGAGCCUUGAUCGAGGGAAUUAAAAUGGUUUAUUCAGAGGAGUGCGCCAUUAUUUUUCGAGUGAAGGGAAUCUUGGAGUUUUCUUGCCAGCUUGACAAUCCAAAUGGUUCACAAAGUCAAAGCAUCAUAUCAAAAAGUUUUCAGGGUCUUCGAUCCAAGGUUUCAUCCAAAAGUAUUGUUUUCACUGUCUGUAACAGUCCAAUAUUAUUAUGGCCCAACACUGGUUUCCGGUCAAGCAUGGAAAGCUUGACAGAAGCAUCAGCAUGUGGAGACAUUCUGCAGUAUAUAGAAUCAGAUGAUGGUGGGAGCAAGAAGACCAUAAAAAAGAAAGAUAAGAAAAGAUCUGGACCUACUGUAGUGAAUAUGAAGCUGUUGUUUGAGGUCACAGACCCUGCUGGGAAUGAAGCUCCGAGUCUUAUCCAAAUGAGCACACAACAGCACUGUGUGAAGAUGCCAUUGCAUUUAGACUGUGUUGUGUCUGUGACCACCGAUGAGAGCCUGGCAUCAGUGUGUACGGGGCUGGUGGAGACAUUAAGGAAGCAAUUAGCAGACAUGGAAGAGGUGGUGCUGCGGUACAGGAAGGGCUCCUCUUUUCUUGUGCCACAGCCAUUUCACUUUCGACUGCCUGAACCAGCUGGACUCACCACUGUGAUCUACCCAGCAGGAGUGCCAGACAGCCAGUUACAGGCUAUCAGAGAGGAUCUGCAUAGGAAAUUUGAGUUGCCAAGUGACAGGCCAUACCUGAGACGUGCCAAUGCCUUUCAUUUCCCUGAUGCAGCCUAUAAAGACGGUUACCUCCGCAAUCCCCACGUACACCUGAACCCACCCAACAUUGAGGAUGCUAAGCUGUAUCUGGUGCAGGGUGUGUACAGUUAUCAUCACUACAUGCAGGAUCGUGUGGAUGAUGAUGGCUGGGGAUGUGCCUAUCGUUCUCUUCAGACGAUCUGCUCCUGGUUCCAGCAGCAAGGAUAUGUGGAGACAGCGGUUCCCACACACACGCAGAUCCAGCAGGCUCUUGUGGAUGUUGGGGAUAAAGAGCCACGUUUUGUUGGUUCACGUCAGUGGAUUGGCUCCAUUGAAGUUCAGGCUGUCCUUAACCAGCUGCUGGGGGUCACCUCAAAGAUCUUGUUUGUCAGUCAGGGAUCUGAGCUGGCAACCAAGGGCAGAGAGCUGGCCAACCACUUCCAGACUGAAGGAACUCCUAUCAUGAUUGGUGGGGGGGUACUUGCACACACUAUUCUAGGCGUAGCGUGGAGCGAGAACACUGGACAAAUACGCUUUCUUAUCCUGGACCCUCACUAUACUGGUGGAGAGGACCUGCAAACCAUCACUGAGAAGGGCUGGUGUGGAUGGAAGGGGCCAGAGUUCUGGGAUCAAAAUGCCUAUUACAACCUCUGCCUUCCCCAGAGACUCAAGACCAUCUGAGUCACGUGCAUGACACUUAUUCACUUGUACUACUCCUACAAAUCCAUGAAAUCACAGAAGUCUCAUUGUUUUUAAUGAGUACAAAACUAUAUUCCACAGUAAAAAAAAAAUAAAAAAAAGUGAUUUAUCAUUUA